AUGAUAAAGCAGAUGCGUCUAUCAUUGACAACUACAAGGGAAAUUACUACUGCUGUUGCUCGCGGUCCACGAAUCUUAAUUCGGUCACCUCAUUUCUCAACUACUACCAUUAUUUAUCCUGCACGAACUAGGAGGGCAUUGCUCACUUGCAAUCUGGGAAAUACGGUUCCUGGAGCUCGAUUCGCUACUACUACUACUACUACUACUACUACUGCCAAUAUUACCGCGCAACCCUUCGACAUAUCAUCAAACAUGGCUACCACAAAGAAGAUCCAACUGUCCCCGCAAACCGACAUUGGAGUCUGGAGCACAGGUGUGACAGAGGAUUCAGCCCGGAUGGCAAGCGAGGUCCUGCAGGAGGACUUGGAGAAGCAUCAUGUUUUUUUCAAUGAAAUGGGAUUUCACAACCACAUCGUCCACCACAUCCUAACUAUCUACGCCCUCGGUGCAUCACCCAGUGAGAUUAAAGCCGCCUACGACAGAAACAAGGCCUACCAACGACCUACGCUCCCCGUGGAUGAGAGCGUCGUGCAGUCGCUGCAUGACAAGGCCAAAUUCAAGGAAUGUCUGGGGAAAGAGAAGAAUUAUCCAAAUUUCCUGGAGUUCUUCCAGCGCGAGAUUGAGCACAAGGGUGUUGAGAAGGUUCUGUGUGAAUAUGUGUUCUCGGGGGAUGAGAAUGCGGAGAGUAUGCUAGCGAGGUUGUUCGGGGGCCUUCUUCAUCCAUUUAUCCAUUUUGGUUUCGCAAUUGAGUUUAACCAACCAGCCCUCAUUGCUGAAGCGCUCGCGCAGAUGACGGUCCACGAGCAAUGGACGGGUCCGCGAUUCCUCUGGCCCGCCGAGAAAGCCGCAGGUGGCAUUGGAAAACCCGGGAAGAAGACCAUGCUACAGCUCUUGGAAGAGGCGCGCGCGGAUAAGAAAUUGGCGAGUUCGGUUCUUUGGGAAGAUGGGAAUAAACUCCGUGACGGAGUGCUCAAGCGGGCACCGGAGGAGAUGAUCAAAUAUGCUUCUCAGUAUACAGUAUCCGAAGACCAGAUCCAGGAGAAGUUUGCUGAGAUGGUUGAUGUGUCUGUAUACUUCACCAGUGCCUCCCAACGCCCAUCCAAAGAAGUCAAAUUUGACUUCUUCUACAUACAUACCGUCAACUCAUCCGUAUUCUACUCCAAGAUCCUCGCACUGCCCUUCCUAGACACACGCACCAAGCUCCGUCUCCUCGAAUGGAAAGGACGCAUGGACCUUAUGAUGUACAUCUCUCGCAACGCACCGGAACUCUACCUUGACGAAAUUACAAGAUACCCUAUCAAGAGUGACUGGGACACAAUCAUCACUCAGAGCAACCGGCAUCCCUACGAUGACGGUCAUUUGGCUAAGCUGGUGCGAGCUCUCAGAAACGCGGAGAACGUCUGUCGGCCGUAUGAGGGACAGGAGAAGGAGCGGGGACUUAAGAUUACCGGCGAUUCAUGGUUGAAGAUUGGAAAUAUGGUUAGCGAUUCGGUCAAGGGUAAGGGGGAGAAGACCAUGUGGAUUCGGUCGACGGGCUUCGAUGAGGCUUGGGAGCAGUUUGAGGAUAGGGCGAGACUUUAA